UAUAGGAGAGACAGAGCUCAACCACCUCCACAGAGAGACCAGUAUAGGAGAGACAGAGCUAAACCACAGAGAGACUAGUACAGGAGAGACAGAGCUCAACCACGAGAGACCAGUACAGGAGAGAGAAGCAGAACACGUUGACUGGGUGAACAAAGCCUGUAAGGAAUGUAGGUCUGCACCCUGCUGCCAUUGUAUGCCAACACAAUCUGUCUUCCUGUGCAGUCGAGAGGCAAGGAGUACACACCCAUGUACAUCACACACCCACACGUUAAAAGGGAAAGAACAACACAACCACUCACAUCCAGGCAAACACAAACACACAGAGGACCUAAAUGAGAGAGAGAGAGAGAGAGAGAGAGAUAAAGUCUCCACAGGCCAGGCUCAUUUGUUUCUUCGCAGAACUAUACUCUGACUGACUGGAUGUCUAACUCACUGAACGUCGUUUCAACUCUUUGUGUCAGACUAGCGGACCGAGGUCUGCUACAAGGUAGACUUUUGUAUGUUUGCACUUUUUGAUGUGUUUGAUGGAUUAUUCCUUUAAACGGAUUGUUACACUGGACCAUUUUAUUUGAAGCCGUUACACUUCAGACACGUCUGUCAUUCUGCCUUCAAAGCGAGCACUUGAAUGUGAUGAACACAGCUCAGAGUGACUUCGAUACUUUGAGAAGAUCUGUUGUACACGGGAUCGCCGCCAAAGCUCAACAUUCACAAGACCUCAUGUUUUUUUCUGUAAUUAUUUAUUGAUUUUGAUUCCAUUUUUUGGUAGACUUAAAGUACGUUUCAUUCUCACAACUGGAACAGCUUGGUAUAAACACAAAAACAUAUUCAUUGUGCUUUGCUGCUGGAUAAGUACUGCCUUAAUCCCCCUCUGGUCUGGAUUCAUUUUAUUGGACUCCUUGUUAUAUUCUUCUACAUCUAACCAGAGAGAGGGCGCGUGGGAACCCUGCGUCAGAAUAAAUCAAACCCUGGGAAACAUAAUAGAGGAGGUCCUAAAGGUAACACACAUUUAGACUACAAUAAACCCUGGGACUACAUUCUAUAAUGUCUCCCAGGGUUUAAUUUAGUCUAAAUGGUAACACACAUUUAAACUACAAUAAACCCUGGGAAACAUAGAGAAGUUCCUAAAGGUUACACACAUUUAAACUACAAUAAACCCAGGGAGACAUAUAGAGGAGUUCCUAAAGGUAACACACAUUUUAACUACAAUAAACCCUAGGAGACAUUAUAGAGGAGUUCCUAAAGGGAACAUAUUUAAACUACAAUAAACCCUGGGAGACAUUAUAGAGGAGGUCCUAAAGGGAACACAUUUAAACUACAAUAAACCCUGGGAGACAUUAUAGAGGAGGUCCUAAAGGUUACACACAUUAAAACUACAAUUAACCCUUUGAGACAUUAUAGAGGAGGUCCUAAAGGUUACACAAAUUUAAAUUACAAUAAACUUACCCAACUUCCCAUACACACACGCAUGCAAGCACAGACACACCAAUCCACUAAAUGGGUGGAUGGCGGGAAAAGCAAGGGAACAUCGAUAAUGCUCCUACAAUUCCAAAUUCUAAACUACUUAAUGUUUGCCGUCCACAAACUAAGAAACCUGCUUAAUUUGUACCUUUGUAUAAGCCUUAGAACCAGACAAAUCUGGGAGUUUAUGUUUUACUUGCUCUUGCAUGUGUCUGGCCCCCGUUCCAUCAGAAAGAUUUCUAGCUUCCCUGGUCCGGGUCAUGUCAAUCCCAAGCGUUGAUCUAAUGUGUGGUGGUCCGACAGGGCGAUAAUUGUUUAGACCAGGGGUUUUCAAAGUGUGAGAGAGUGAGCCCCCCCUCAGAGAAAAAAAUUCAGCUGAGCCCCCCCCCCCCCCAAUUUUUUUUUUUCUAAAGACCUGUGUUUUGAAAGCUAUCUUAAUUAUUUUACACAUUUUAAACAUCUCUGAUCAUAACUUUAAAACAUUUGAAACAUUUUUUAAACAUUUGAAACAUAUUUUUUAAACAUUUUAAACAUAUUUCUGAAACAUUAAAACAUCUUUGUGCGUUUUUAAACACAUUUCUUAACACAAUUUAACCUUUUAUAAAUACAUUUGAACAUCUUAAUCUGUGAUCUUAAACUGCCAGUUUGCACAGAUUCAUUCAGGAUCCCCGACUCUGAAUUUUCAGAGUCGAAUCAGAUCUGCUUUUUCAGUCCAGAGAUUCGACUAUUCGGCAGGGUUUGUUUACCGGCGUUGUUAUGGUGACCUAAAUUAUUAUAAGCAACUGAAAACGAUGCCGGUUUGAAACUAAAACUGUGAUUCUGAAAAAAGUAUAAAUGCUAUCAAAAUUCCGUUUCGAUAGUAUUGAAGAUACAAGUGUGUUGAUUUGUUUAAUGGUUUGAACGAUGGUAAACGGUUGAAAAAUGAAUGAGUUACGAUGUCUAGAAGUAGGUGUAUCAGAAUGGGCUGACGUCUUCAAUGAAAACAGCUGAAAACGAAGCGGUACGAAACUAAAAAUGUGAUUCUGAAGACAUUUUAAAUGAUAUCGAAAUUCUGUUUAGUUAUUAUUGAAGAUACAAGUGUGUAGAUUUGUUAAAUGGUUUGCACGAAGAUAAACGGUUGAAAAUCGAUUUAGUUAGGUUACUUCUACAGUUGAAGUACGAUUGAUGAUUUGAAUCAUCGACUUCCAGGUUUUUCUUCGGGUUUAUUUUUUUCACACGUCGCGCCCCCCCUGAAGAACUCUGGCGCCCCCCAGGGGGGGCGCGCCCCACAGUUUGAAAACCACUGGUUUAGACCCAGGCCCUAUGGGAGCUGUUGAGGCCUUUUCAUAGUCAACCACAAUGUGUGAUGUUUUCCGUUGCUCUAAUUGGUUGUCGGACUCACCGUCCUGCCUGUGUAAAACCUUCGUCAUAGAGCCGGCUUUCUUGGUUCAUUGGAGUAAGCGAGGCUACGCAUGGAGAGUAGACGUCUUUAGAAUCAUUUGCAUACUCUGAUUUCAAUUUUAUUUUAAUUCAAGCCACUCACAUGCACGAAUGAGUAGACCACAUCUCAGUAUAGGCUACUAUUUACAAGUGCAAAAAGGCCAACAUAUUCUUUAUUUUGCUGAGCACAUGUUUUUUAUCCCGACAAAUGCCUCGCAAGGAAAGUUCCCCUGCUGCUUUCUCAUAGUUGGCCACCAUCUUUCCCUUUCUUCGUUAAACGUGACUGCAUCACCUUCUCUCCCAUGAUCGUCAGCAGCUCUCAGAUUUCGCCAUCUCUACAGUUACAACUCCUCAUGUUGAUUUCGCUGCGUUGUAGAGAACGCCGGGAGGCACGCAAUGUUUACAACUUCUCGGGGGAGUGUAUUUGCAGACAUGGGCAAAGUGUUCGAUCAAUCGCAACAGAGAGAGCGUACCCAUCAAUCACAGCAAACUGGGCUACUCGGAACGGGAGGGGGGCUAACGGGGGGGGGGUUAGACGCUGAUAUGGGUUUUGCAGUAAUGAACAGUUGUAGAACUAUUCUAUUCUAGAAGUACCCCCAAAUGCAAUUAUUAACCCUAAAAAAGCAUGAUAUAGGAUCUUUAAUUUAGUGGUUCCAGACUUUAACACUGAUAUAAGCAAAUAUAUAUCAAAGUAUCCCAAUCAACUUCCUGAGAACAAAUACUGUGGUCACUAAGAUAACCCUUUUCUUCCUUCCGACAGGUUACUACCAAACCGAUUGCAGUGCGCUGUUGUGACCCUGCUGUCCUCUGAUUGGUCAUGGCAGACUGGAGCCUUCUGGGAAACUUCCUUGAAGAAGUACAGGAACAUUCUACCUCUGUUGGCAAGGUGUGGCUGACCAUUCUGUUCAUCUUCCGAAUCCUCGUCCUGGGCACUGCGGCCGAGUCUUCCUGGGGAGACGAACAAGAGGACUUCACCUGUGACACCAUCCAGCCCGGCUGUGAAAACGUCUGCUACGACCGGGCCUUCCCAAUAGCGCAUAUCAGAUACUGGGUUCUCCAGAUCGUGUUUGUGUCCACGCCCAGUCUCAUCUACAUGGGCCAUGCCAUGCACAUCGUACGCUGCGAGGAGAAGAGGAGGAGCAGAGAGGCGGAGAUCCAAGAGGAGGGUGGAGGCAGAGAGGAUGACCCAGGAGGAGGACAGAAAGGAGGAGAGAGGAAUGUAAAGGGAGAGCAGGAUGGAGGAGUAGGAGGAGCAAGAGGAGAGAAAGGGCGUAUCCACCUUAGGGGGGCGUUGCUACGAACCUACAUCCUCAGCAUUCUCAUACGGAGCAUCAUGGAGGUGGUGUUCUUGUGUCUGCAGUACUUCAUGUAUGGAAUUUUCCUCCAUCCUCUCUUCAUGUGCCAGGCCUGGCCAUGUCCUCACCCGGUCAACUGCUACAUCUCCCGACCCACUGAGAAAAACGUCUUCAUCGUGUUCAUGCUGGCUGUGUCUGUGGUCUCACUGGCACUCAGUGUGCUUGAACUCCAGCAUCUAGCAUGGAGACACUGCAUCAGGCACAUCAUCACCAAGGGGAGAAUAUCACCCUGCAAUAGGGAGUUACCUUUGCCAACACCAUUAACUCCACCUCCAGACUUCAACCAGUGUGUGAUUGGUUCUUCACAUUACCUACCUCUCCCGUUUCCCAACCAUCGAUUGGCCACUCAGCAGAACUCUGACAACAUGGUUGCUGAGAUGCGUAAGAUGGCUGUGGAGGAGAACUUCCUUCAGAUUACCUGCUACAAGCAUGAAAGACAGCCUGGAGACUGUGGGCACAUGCAAGACGGUGGCUUCCAGAAUGAAGGGGUGGACUGUUCCAACAAGGAGGCAUCUUUUCCUCAGAUCCAGUACAGUAAAACAGGAUUCCCAGUACCAAGCCCCAGUGGAGUUUUCUUCCAGAAGGACAAGCGGCGAUUGAGCAAGACCAGCGGGACCAGCAGCCGAACCAGGGCUGAUGAUUUAGCCAUUUAGAGACACUUGAAGAAAACCGGGGCGCAAAUAGACACAUGAUGUCCUGUGGUUUUAUGAGUAGAAAAGAAUGAGCUCUUCAUGAAGCAGUUGGAACACACCAUCUACAGCCAGAUCUCAUCAAAAAGUUUGGAAGAGCUCAAGGCCAUAGUUACUUGAGGAGGAUCAUCUCGAUGAUGGCUCAAAACUGAUUCUGCUGACGAAGAGCAGGAACUAAUUUGGCUGGGGUCUCAUUAUGACAUGAAAAUAUUGUGUUGAAACUUUGACUAAACAAGUCUGAGUUUAAGGUAAAAGUUUGAGGUAAAAGCUCAAAAGCAAAUAAAACCGGUACACAGUAACUUUACAAUAAGGGUACAUUAAUUAACAAUGAUUUACCAUUAGUUAAUGCAGUAAUAACCACUUAUGUGUUUAGUAAUAAUUUACUAAUGAUGUUCACGUUAAGGUAUUCAUUUAUAAAUUAUCUGAUAGAAUUAACCGGAACCCACUAACCUUUUACCCUAAAGCUGUGUUCAUGCUAUAUAAUAAUGUUUAUUAUUGCAUUAAGGUUAAUUAACGUGCCCUUAUUGUGAGGUUUUACAAGUUAGACUAUGACGAAAAGACAGAGUGCAUCGGGCAAUCUUGCCUCCUGCAACAAACGCAUACAAAGGUCAACCGCUAUUUAGAUUUACUGACCCAUGUUUGGUUUUGGAUCAAUGUAUAUUUUUAUUUGCAGUGUACUUUUCUUUGUUCUUGCACAGAAUAAAAUGCUAAUUAGAAAAGGAAAAGGAAAUUCAAAUUUUAUUAAUAGCAUAAACAUGAUUUAAAAUCUGUUCAGGUUAGUGUUGGUCAUACUAAAGAAACGUAUGUUCUACAAAACCAUACUUGAAACAAAAGUGAUGAUGGCUAUGGAAACAGAUUAGUUGCUAUAAUUGUCUUAGGCCAUAAUAUUCAAAUCAAAUUGUUGGAGAUGUAAUAUUGUUUACUUUUUAUAAGAACACACUGGUGUCUUGUCCUUUUCACCAUGGCUGCACAUGUUUGUCGGACACAAACUGCCCAUGGGGCUGAUUGGCAUCAGGGGGGAGCAGAGCAAGGUAGACUGGAGUCUCAGCGCCCUCUUCUGGUGACUUGGGGGCUUUGGUGCCGGCCAUAUCGGUACGCACCCAGCCUGGGCAACAGGCAUUGAGCAAAAUCUAUCGUGACGAACACAAAACCAACAUGGAUCAGAUGUUACCCGAGUGUUAUGGAAGGCAUAACAGGAUAAAGGCACACUUGGGCAGUGGAACACAGAACAUAACUGAAUAUGCUAUGAACUUUGGAUUAAUAUGGAGAAAUGACUAGAUAUGGAUAUAGUUGUAAUAUAGUGACCUUGUCUCCAUGUCUCUCCCUGGACAGUCUGCGGGCCAGGAUAAAAGAGAGUGCCUGGAGAUAAAAUACAGAAAAUAAAAAAAAUAUACAGAUAAAAAGAAAGAAAGAACAAAGGAAAGAUAUAAAUAGAGUGGCAAAGUCACGCCCCUUCCGUUAGAACCCAUGGGAUCGAAAAAUAUGAGAUCGAAAAAUAUUAAUGGAGAGAAAGUAAUUAUCUUCUGGUCCCAGUCUUUAUAUGCCCCGGAUUACAGAUAUGUUGUUUGUGGGUUUAAAUGAAAAUUUUUCAUGUCAAGAGUUUGAUCGUUCAUUGUGCAAUUGUUCAGUUAAUGGCUGUAGAAAAAACACAAUGAGAAAGACUACAUGUCUCGUAUGUGCCGUCACGCUCCCUGCAACUGGCGUGGACAAGACCAACAAUCUCCCCAUCGGCAUAACUGAAACUCUCCACAUGCCCCAACUUAUAAUGGUUUUCAACUCUUUUGAUGCUUUCAUCCGCCCCAUGGAAAAAACCUAACAUUAUCAAACUUCGAGUUUUCUUUGCAUGAAAAAUUAUCAUUUAAAUCCACAAACAACAUAUGUGUAAUCCGGGGCAUAUAAAGACUGGGACCAGAAAAUAAUUACUUUCUCUCCAUUGAAACCCAUUCAUAUUUUCGAUCUCAUAGGUCCCAUGGGCUCUACCGGAAAGGGCGAGAUUUCGCCACUCUAUGGUCUCCAGAGGCCAGGCUCAUUUGUUAGAUCUAAACUGACUGAAUGGAUGUCUAACUCACUGACCGUCUACUUGACGAUGUUUCAACUCUUUGGGUUUCAAUGGAGAGAAAGUAAUUAUUUACAAUUCACACAUUCAUAUUUUCGAUCUCAUAGGUCCCAUGGGCUCUACCGGAAGGGGCGUGACUUCGCCACUCGAUGGUCUCCAGAGGCCAGGCUCAUUUGUUAGAUCUAAACUCUGACUGAAUGGAUGUCUAACUCACUGACCCUCUACUUGACGAUGUUUCAACUCUUUGUGUGAAACUAUUGUUGGGCAAAAUAACCUGCUGAGCACAUCACAUGUACAUUAUAAAUAUAGCUAACUCCUACCCCAGCCUGAUCAGCACAUCACAUGGCAGUCACCUUACAAUAGUCAACUCUUAACGCCUGAUGAGCACAACACAUGGCAGUCACAUUCAACUUUUAAACACAUAACACACACAUGAUAACAUAGUCAGGUCGAGGCCAGAGCUAAGGCCCCAUUUCUCCGCCAGGCAAAUGGUAAACACUCAGACAAUGCACUGUUUCAUCCUCAGAACGGGAGGGCCACAAUCAGGAGACUCUUUGAGGCGCUCCCCCAUCAGGAAGAACACGAGGAGAUACACUAGGGCCUGAGAGCCAAGGUCACGCAAAGCACUGUUUCAUCCUCAGAACGGGAGGGCCACAAUCAGGAGACUCUUUGAGGCGCUCCCCCAUCAGGAAGAACACGAGGAGACACACUAGGGCCUGAGAGCCAAGGUCACGCAAAGACACACAGAACCACAUACGUCUCAAACGCACACACCUCACCAAGAGGAAGAUACAGCAUAAAACUGUAUCACACAGACACUUCUCCCUCUUCUUCUGAAGCAGACCUUCCACGGAGGCGAAGCUCUGGACGAACCAUCAGCGCUGAUUAGGGACUUAGACAUAUUCGAUUUCUCACGCUUUAUGACUCUGUAUAACCGUUGCCACUUUACUUAAUAAAUCCAAGGUCCUCGUGCCGAUAGACUUUAUUACCUCUCCGUCUCAUUUUAUCUGAUCCAGUAACUAGACAGACCGUUUUUCCCUUCAAUUUGGUGACCUCCGACGUGAUUUUUUCUGAAUUGAACACGCAACUGGGAAACGAGAGACGGAGAGCGGCACGACCUCGAGACCCCGGAGCACCGGACCGAUUCCUGCAGUCUCACCUCGCGCGCGCCCAACAAAAGGUAGGCAGAACCUGUUGAUAAAAUCCAAACUCUGCAUAGUUAUAUAGGAACCACAUUAGGAGGUGAGACUGUGAGAGCGGUUCGCUACGGGAUAUCUCGUGGGGACGAAUAGAGUUGCAUUCCAGCAUUGCCCCAUAAACCCAAUUGACCCUGAACGCGUGACACAUCGAAUAUCGGCUCGUUGCAUGGUGAAAGAAUACCCUCGAGACCAUAGGGCCUAUAAGAAUCGGUCAUAGUGAUACAAGACUACCGAUGGCCGAAUAAUGUAUGCCUGGGCCAAGAGUGGAGCCCAGAGGGAUGCCUGGGCCGCGGGUGGAACCCAGAGGGAAUGAGAAGGGCCUAUAAGAAUCGGUCAUAGUGAUACAAGACUACCGAUGGCCGAAUAAUGUAUGCCUGGGCCAAGAGUGGAGCCCAGAGGGAUGCCUGGGCCGCGGGUGGAACCCAGAGGGAAUGAGAAGGGCCUAUAAGAAUCGGUCAUAGUGAUACAAGACUACCGAUGGCCGAAUAAUGUAUGCCUGGGCCAAGAGUGGAGCCCAGAGGGAUGCCUGGGCCGCGGGUGGAACCCAGAGGGAAUGAGAAGGGCCUAUAAGAAUCGGUCAUAGUGAUACAAGACUACCGAUGGCCGAAUAAUGUAUGCCUGGGCCAAGAGUGGAGCCCAGAGGGAUGCCUGGGCCGCGGGUGGAACCCAGAGGGAAUGAGAAGGGCCUAUAAGAAUCGGUCAUAGUGAUACAAGACUACCGAUGGCCGAAUGAUGUAUGCCUGGGCCAAGAGUGGAGCCCAGAGGGAUGCCUGGGCCGCGGGUGGAACCCAGAGGGAAUGAGAAGGGCCUAUAAGAAUCGGUCAUAGUGAUACAAGACUACCGAUGGCCAAAUAAUGAAUGUGUAUUAAAUAAUUCUAUGUGGUAAGAAGGUUAGAGUCCCUUUGCAGAGGAAACCGUAUGCCUGGGGCACGAGUGACACACAGAGAGACAGUGUGUGUAUGCGUGAGAGAGGCUGUGUGUGUGUGUGUAAGAGGCCCAGAGAGAUUGAGACGGAGAGGCUGUGUGUGUGUGUGUAAGAGGCCCAGAGAGAUUGAGACGGAGAGACUGUGUGUGUGUGUGUGUGUGUGUGUGAGAGGCCCAGAGAGAGAGAAAGAAAGAGAACAAGCGUAUUUGUGGGCCGGCUAAAUAUAGAAAUAAAUCAAUUAAUGAUAACCCGGCUAUGUGUGCAACGCUUGCUUGCUUUGUUAUGCUCAACGCUAUUUUGCCGUAUCUGAUGAUUGUGGGUGCGGGACACAGAAUGAGAAGUCUGUUGAUAUGUGUUUGUGUACGUCUGCGCGAAAGAGAGAAUCUGUGAGUGAAUCAGUGAGUGUAUGCGUGGUCCGCUCUAUCUUCGCCCGUUAAAACGGGUAAAGGAAAGAAUAGAUAGAUUGAUAAUAAUGAAUAAUGUCUCUCUGACGUAUUGCUUCGGUCUAUGGCUUAACCUGCGGAAAUAGAUAAAUUGACAAUGAUAAAUAACCUUUUUACUGUGUUGCUUCCAUUUACUGUUGGACCCGUUAAAACUAGACCUAGAUAAGUUGACAAGGAUAAGAGAUAUCUCUUUUACUGUGUUUCAUUGAAUUACUGCUGGACCUGUCGCAUAGAUAAACUGCGAUACUAAACAACAUCUCUUUGCCGCGUGGGUUGAUGGUUUAGUCUGUUGAAGCGGAUUAAUCAAUAAGGACAGAUAACGAUUAUUGUCUAUAAGGAAUAUCUGGAUGUAUUGAAUAACGUCUCUAGGCCUUGUGGUUGUUUUUUGCUCCCCCCCCCCUG